AUGGACAGCUCAGCAGCUCCACCCACCACCAUCACCGAGAUCAACCUGGUCUCGUCGCCUCCCACCAGUCACGCUCCUUCGCCCUCGCGAACGCGGUCUUCUCCUCUGAGGCCCUCUUUGAAGGCGAAUGUGGUCGACAGUCCAUCUGGCUCGCGGCGAAUAGGCAAGGCUGCCCUUGUAGGCCCUUCCAACCAGCAGCCGGGAGAAUUCGUGGCGAGCAGCGAUGCAGAGGACGGAGAACACGAUGGCCACGCUGACGAGCCGAGCACCCCCGAGCGACCUCGUUCCCGCUCGCCCUCGCGAUCCGGCAGAGAGUCUCACGCGUCCACCGAUCCAAGAGACGAUAACGGGCCCACCGUCUACGUCGAGAUCCCAGCUUCGUCCCCAUCGAUCGUGCCACCACGAGACAGCACCCGCUCGAAGAGAAAAGCAAACUCUCCGCAGAGUACCCGAUCGCGACGUCGUGGGUCAGAUGCGUCUGACGUCGUGGAAGUAGAUGACGAUGCCGCGUUUGCAGCACAGCUCGCUGCGCAGGAGGAGAGAGCCUCUCGUCGCCCGACACGAAGCGCCCGUAGCAAGGAAGUCAGCUACAAGCCGAACUGCGAUUCCGAAGGUCGACCACUGAAGUCGAAGAAGAGCUCAGCGGAUGCAGCGACGUCAAGCUCUUCGAGGUCGAAAGCUGCAUCGAAGGACGCUGCUGCUUCGAAGAAGGGUACGAGCAAGCGCAGGUCGAUAGCGGUCUCAGAUGACGAGGAGGAUGGCGCUAAUGAUGGCGGCAUGCCUGGUCCAAGCUCAUCGAGCAACGCAAAGGGCGCAACACGUGGCGAAGGAGAUGCAGACCUCACAGACGAAGACGUUGGCUUCAAAGCGCGUGAUCGCAAAAAGGCAAAAGUGACGAAAGCAAUCACCGUGGAGGAUGACGACGACGAUGCUGCCGCCUCCGACCACGACGACGGGAUCAUGACACCACCGCAGCUCACAUCGCCACGACGAUCGUCACGCAAGGGUGCGCCUUCGCCGAAGAAGCAGCAGCUCGAAGAGACGACAAAGAGCAAGAAAGGCAAGGGCAAAGGAAAAGGGCAGCCGUCAAAGACAUUCGAUCUGGAAGGUGACAUCGAGGACAACGAGGCGGAAGAAGUCGAGGCACCUACGGGGCGGUCGAGCAGGAAAGACGCAGCAUCGCGCAAGCCGACCAGGGCUGGCAAAGCCGCAUCGCCAGUAGCAGAGGAGUCAGAGGCUGAAAAGGAAGAGGAGGCAGAGGAAGUCAAAGCAGAAGCAGAGAAAGGAGCAGUGAAGGAGCAACUCACGGAACUAUCGCCCUCCUCCGAGCCUUCCGCCUCAUCCUCGAAACCCGCCGACACUCCUGCCACACCCUCGGCCUCCUCCUCCGUAUCCGCACCCGCCCGCGCCACACCAACCACAGUCGCCAUUAAGCGCAUCGACCCCUCCACUCCCUCUUCCCGACUUUCCUCCCCAUCCACCUCCGGCCCGUCCUCGUUCUACGGCAAGUCCCUCACCAAGAUCCUCACCUCCAGCGCGGCGCGUCGACCAGGCUUGACACGCAAAACCAACAUUCCCUCGCUGCUGAACCAUCGCGGUGCUCCAAAACCGCCGGCGCCCAAGCUCGCUGUGUCCAAGCGUCGCAUGCAGGACGACGACUACGAGUACGAUGCCGAGUACGAGGCGCUCAUUGCCAAGAAGGAGAAGGGGAGCGAUGACGAGAGCGACGAAGAGGAGAAGGAGGACGGUGGGGCUGAGGAGGUGGAGGUUGAGGAGCAGUACGAUUGA